GGUAAACUUUGUCCCCGGAUAUUCUGUGUUUAUGAACUCUAUAAUCUAGCUCUUAGUCCUCACUCUCUCCCAGCGGCAAUGAAGAUAUUAGCUCUGUGUGUGAUCCUUUCCACCAUCCUUACUCCGGGGUACCCCAUUCCGGUUAAGGGACGGGGAAAAGCCAUUAAUAAGCUCCUGCUUAUCUCGUUCGAUGGCUUCCGCUGGAAUUACGAUCAUGACGUUGAUACUCCUAAUCUCGACAAUAUGGCCAAUGACGGGGUCAGAGCAGAAUAUCUCACGCCGGCCUUCAUCACAAUUACCAGCCCCUGCCACUUCACACUGCUCACCGGUGAGUAAAGGACCAGGUUAAUCGUAGCAAAAAGCCACCAAUGAUCAAACAUCAGUGAUAGCAAAGAGGACCACACCGCGGAACGGUAGGAGGUAGGAUUUAUGGAAAUGUGUAGAAGGAACGCAUAGAUGUAUGUAUGAAUGAAUGGAAUCUUUAACCCCUUAAGGACACAUGACAUGUGUGACAUGUGAUGAUUCCCUUUUAUUCCAGAAGUUUGGUCCUUAAGGGGUUAAUAAUCUACCGCUCAGCAGAGGUGGUAAAGCAAAGUGUCUGAAAUCAAGUCCUAAAAAGCCAUGGACAACUUGAAUUUUCAGUGAGACACUUGUGAUAUUGGUCAAUGAUAAUCAUGUCUUGUACACAGUCUGGCAACAUCCUAUUCAUUCAAUUUAUAUAUUUGUUGGCUAAAGUAAAAAUAUCUAAUAACACCAUCUCUUCUAACUAAUGAGUUUAUUCCCAAAAGGACCUAAACAAUAAAUUUUUUAGGAGGAGGUCCUGCCACAUGGGUGUUACUUUCAUUGAUUCAGAUUCUUUGGGGUUUAUUUAUUAAGCCAGGGAUCACGUAGAAAUGACAAGAUUAUUGCACAUUUUAUAUCAAUAUGUUAGAAAAUAAUCCAUAUGUUGCUUUAAAAUGUGCCUUGUCAUUUCAAAGUGAUCCCUGGAGAGACCAUUAUAUAUAUCGUAUGUAAUGAAUUUAAAAAAAUAAAAUAAAUAUAAAUAUAUAUAUUUUUAUUCUUCCUAGAGUCACGAUCUGGAUCAUUUAUGAAUUUUAAUUUGAGUCCAAUGACAGGACCCCAUCCAAACCUACUCUUUGUUUAGCUGUAUAUUUGAGCUCCCAUUGAAGUUAAAGGGACACUCUAGGCACUGACACUGCAUCAUCUAAUUGAAGUGGUUAUAGUGUCUGAAGUCCCCUGGUGAGGUCCUUUUAUUCAGUGUCAAACUGCUUUAAAUGUUUUAAUGUUAAACAAAAGUCCCAGCAGUCCAUCCACUCUGUACUACUUUGGCUAAUGAGGAAGUAUUAACCUAACCUGAGCAGCAAUGGGCAGCUGUGAGUGUCAGCUGUAUUAUACAUUGUCCAUUGGAGGUAUGAAUUGGUAUGGCUAGAAGGAAGUGUGUAAACUGUGCCUUGGCCACACCUCCAGUGGGGGUCAGGCAGGGCCGUUUGAAGGAAUUUGGGGGCCCCAAGCAAAAUAGACAUGGAGGCCCCCCCAAUAUGACGUCAUAUUCCGGCUCCCAGCAUUAGUGUAAACCCAUACCCCAAUACUCUACAGCUGUGCUCCUAAGCAGGAGCUUCCCUUAGUUCUCUUACACUAAGCUCUGCAAUGGCUGUGAUGUAUAAAAAGAAGUGGAGGCAAUGCACAGCAGUAGUUAUGGUGUUUGGAGUGUUCCCUUAAAUAAUAACGCUUAAAAUCUAAGCUUUAAAAAUAUUUUAUUCUUAGAUAAAAAGGUAGAUAACGUAUUACAUCAGAAAUAAAUGGAUAGCUGAAAAAGGUCCUAUGGCUUCGAUUGUGGAUUGUGCGCUGAGCCUACAAGCCACAAGUAGGACAUUUAUUUCAACCACGUGGAAAUAAAUGAAGGUAAAAACACAUAGAAGUAAGUGCAUCCCUGUAUAUCCUUUUCUGAUUCCUGAUCCACUACUUCUGAUUCACACUGAGAAAAUAAUUUGCAGCUCUGUGGUGAAGGACUGGGUGAUAACGUAUUUAUGUGAUAAUAUGGAAAGAAGCAGUGGGAGGGGGGUUUUAAGGGAAGUUACACCCAAACAGCCAAAAAACUCUACAGAUGAAACAAUCAGAAAUGUAUGAAAUCUUUGCUGUAUAAUACGGUGCCGAUCAGUCAUUUAAAACCAGCUCCAUUACUAGAAAACAGAGACAGAUCCACGUGACCAGGUUUUCGUGGAACCCUUGUAAAUCCUUUAUCCUGUCGGGCAGGGAUUGAAGGUGCUGCCCAAAUGUAUGCAGUAUUCAUGUGCUGAUGGUAUGAAAUCAGUGAAACAAUGUAGAAUUCUUCUGGAAUGCUGUCUGUAACUAAUUAUUUAAUUCCACCUGUGAGCCUUUGAAUUCCACACAAUGCUGGGCAGCACUUUCACUCCCUGCCCAACAGAACGAGUUAAUUACUAAAGUGAGAUAUUAAAGUGAACUCAGAGAGAAUUUCCAAUUUAAGGCCAAGAUAGCCAAACUGGAAGAAUUCUCUACGUCAGUUAUUUUCGGCUACUCUGGCCUUAAAUUUGAAAUUCAUUUUGAAUUCACUUUGAAUUCCCAACAGUUGUCAUUGUAUUACAUAACUCUGUAAAUAAACGUACAGGGUUAUUUACAAAGGUGAAAAUUUUCUGCAAAUCAAAGUGGAUUCCAAAUUUAAAGGAAUACUAUAGGGUCAGGAACACAAACAUGUAUUCCUGACCCUAUAGUGUUAAAACCACCACCUAGCCCCCUCUUGCUCACCUAAAUAUAACAACUUACUUGUAUUAAAGUCUGCUACUGCUGGCUCUGCCCCUGAUCUGCCUGCUUGGCUGACAUAAUCAGAAAUGAUUCUCUGAGCCAAUCAAAAUGCUUUCCCAUUUGAUUGGCUGAGCCUGUCAGUGACAGAGCCAGCACAAGUCAGUCACAGUCCUGGCCAAUCAGCACCUCCUCAUAGAGAUGUAUUGAAUCUAUGAAGCUCUAUGAGGAAGGUUCAGUGUCUGCAUACUGAGGGUGGAGACACUGAAUGGCAGUCACACUGUGCAACACUGCCCAAGGAAGCACCUCUAGUAGCCUUUUGAGGAGUGCCCAGUGCAGAUAACCCACUCCUUUAAGAAUUGCUAUCAUCUACCCCCACCCCUCAACUCCCCGUUCAACUACCGCCCUAUCUCGCUACUGCCUUUUGUGUCCAAGAUCUUUGAAAGAGUUGUGUAUGCGAGAUUGACAGACUUCCGUUGAGUCCAAUUCUCUGCUCGACCCACUUCAGUCUGGUUCCCCCACUCAGCACUCUGUGGAAACGGCACUGACCAAAGUAUCAAACGAUCUACUCGCUGCGAAAUCUCGUGGUCACUACUCUAUCCUAAUUCUCCUUGACCUGUCUGAGACUUUUGACACUGUUGAUCAUAAACAGCUUCUUCUCAUUCUCCGCAAUACCGGUCUACAAGAUAUUGCUCCCUCCUGGUGCUCCUCCUACCUCUCCCAGCGCUCUUUCAGUGUUUCUUUCUCUGGCUCUGCUUCUUCUCCCCAACUCCUCUCUGUUGGUGUCCCCCAAGGUUCAGUCCUUGGUCCCCUACUGUUCUCCAUCUAUACUGCCUCUCUUGGUAAACUCAUUAGCUCCUUUGGCUUCCAAUAUAAUUUCUAUGCAGAUGACACACAAAUCUACCUGUCCUCUCCUGAUCUCUCCCCAUCCCUCUUGACUCGUGUCUCUGACUGCCUCUCUGCUAUUUCUAACUGGAUGGCUGCCCACUUCCUUAAGCGCAACUUGUCCAAAACAGAACUUCUGGUCUUUCCUCCCUCAAUUGUUGCUACCCCCGUCUCUGUCUCCUUCCAAGUCAACGGUGCUACCAUCAGCUCCACCACGCAGGCUCGCUGCCUAGGUGUUCUCUUUGACUCCGACCUCUCCUUCACCCCUCAUGUCCAAUCGUUAGCCAAAUCCUGCCGCUUCCCUUUUCCGUUAGACACUCACCUAGUCUCCACUCCAAAAAAUUAUUAAAAACUCACUUUUUCACUGAGCAGGGCCCUCAAUCCCUCUGUUACUGUCACUAUACCCCACUCCCUCUAACAUGUAAACUCACUGAGCAGGCCCUCAAUCCCUCUGUUACUGUGUCACUAUACCCCACUCCCUCUAACAUGUAAACUCACUGAGCAGGGCCUCAAUCCCUCUGUUACUGUGUCACUAUACCCCACUCCCUCUAACAUGUAAACUCACUGAGCAGGGCCUCAAUCCCUCUGUUACUGUGUCACUAUACCCCACUCCCUCUAACAUGUAAACUCACUGAGCAGGGCCCUCAAUCCCUCUGUUACUGUCACUAUACCCCACUCCCUCUAACAUGUAAACUCACUGAGCAGGGGCCUCAAUCCCUCUGUUACUGUGUCACUAUACCCCACUCCCUCUAACAUGUAAACUCACUGAGCAGGGGCCCUCAAUCCCUCUGUUACUGUGUCACUAUACCCCACUCCCUCUAACAUGUAAACUCACUGAGCAGGGCCCUCAAUCCCUCUGUUACUGUGUCACUAUACCCCACUCCCUCUAACAUGUAAACUCACUGAGCAGGGCCCCAAUCCCUCUGUUACUGUGUCACUAUACCCCACUCCCUCUAACAUGUAAACUCACUGAGCAGGGCCCUCAAUCCCUCUGUUACUGUCACUAUACCCCACUCCCUCUAACAUGUAAACUCACUGAGCAGGCCCUCAAUCCUCUGUUACUGUGUCACUAUACCCCACUCCCUCUAACAUGUAAACUCACUGAGCAGGCCCUCAAUCCCUCUGUUACUGUGUCAUUUUACCCCACUCCCUCUAACAUGUAAACUCACUGAGCAGACCCUCAAUCCCCCUGUUACUGUGUCACUAUACCCCACUCCCUCUAACAUGUAAGCUCAUUGAGCAGGGCCCUCAAUCCCUCUGUUCCUGUGUGUCCAACUUGUCUGGUUAUAACUACAUGUCUGUUCGUCCACCCAUUGUAAAGCGCUGCGGAAUUUGUUGGCGCUAUAUAAAUAAUAACAUAAUAAUAAUAACACUAAUAAUAAUAAUAGGCUGGAAAAACGGUGUUUACUGCAAAAACCCUGAAGGGAAUGAUUCUACUCACCAGAACAAAUAGAAUAGGCUGUAGAUAUUUUGGUGACUGUAGACUCCCUUUAAGGUCAGAAUAGCUUGUUUGAUGCAUUUUCCAAUUUUCCAAUUUGCCUUUGCUUCCAGUUUGGCUAUUGUGGUUUAAAAUUUGAAAUUCACUUUGGAUUUCUGACAAUACUUACUUUAGUAAAUAGCCCUCAUAGUAAUAUGACAUUGUAAACACAAACAAAUACACAGAUGAAAGUUUUCAAAUAAUGGCUUUUGUUUGGGCCUAGUGACACUUAUAACACAGGCAGUGGGCUCUGAAAAGUUGGUGUGAGAUGCCAUGCAGCGAUUACCAUUCUGCCUUCUUUUAUAUAGAAAGAAUAAGACAUAAGAGAGUGCCAGAAAAGUCCUCAUCCAAACCCAUGGCGUGUGAGUGUUGUUUUUUUGUGUGAGGUGGCUGAGUGUUGUAUGUGUGUGAGAGAAAUUGAGUGUAGUAUGCAGUUGCUGAUUGUUGUGUAUGGAAGAAGGUGAGAGCUGUAUGUGGGGGCAAGGUGCGCUGUGUGUGCAGUUUAAAAUAUCCACCUCGCUUAAAGGGAUCUUAUAGUGCCAGGAAAACAAACCCGUUUUCCUGGCAUUACAGGUAGUGAUGUCCCGAAUGGUUCGCCAGCGAAUAGUUCCUGGCGAACAUCGCUUGUUCGCCACGGACGGCGAACAUAUGCGCUGUUCGGUCCGCCCCCUAUACGUCAUCAUUGAGUAAACUUUGACCCUGUACCUCACAGUCAGCAGACACAUUCCAGCCAAUCAGCAGCAGACCCUCCCUCCCAGACCCACCCACCUCCUGGACAGCUCACUAAGAAUGCAGCUUCACAAUGAAUGUAAAAUGGAUGCUGUCCAGGAGGUGGGAGGGUCUGCUGCUAAUUGGCUGGAAUGUGUCUGCUGACUGUGAGGUACAGGGUCAAAGUUUACUCAAUGAUGACAUAGGGGGCGGACUGAACAGCGCAUAUGUUCGCCAUCCGUGGCGAACCGUUCGGCGAACCGUUCGGGACAUCACUAAUUACAGGCUCUUGGAGUGCCCCCUUCCGUUGGGGCCCCUCUCCCUCGGUGCGGAAAGGGUUAAAGCCCCUUCAGCCAUUUACCUUAAUCCAGCGCCAGGCUCCCUCGGCGUUGGUGACCUCUCCUCCCCCGCCGACAUCAGCUCCCAAAUGGAGCCGAAUGCGCAUGGGUGGCCAGAGGCGCGUGCACAUUCAAACCUGCCCAUAGGAAAGCAUUACUCAAUGCUUUUCUAUGGGGAUCGUUUUGGACGCUGGAGGUCCGUGAGGAUGUCCAGCAUCAAAUAAGUACGAUUUACUCGGUGUAAAUCGCGGAAGAGGCCUCUAGUGGCUGUCAGGGAGACAGCCACUAGAGGCUAGAUUAACCCUGCAGUGUAAACAUGUUUUCAGUUGCAGGGUUAAAACUAGAGGGACCUGGCACCCAGACCACUUCAUUGUGCUGAAGUGGUCUGGGUGUCUAUAGUGGUCCUUUAACAAAGGUCACCAUGUAAAAUUCUACCUUACUUGAAAUUCUAGAUCUUGUAGAAAGCUCUGAAAGAUAAAUAAAUACAAUUUGGACUUGUGCACAGCAUAAAAAACAUUUUCAGUUGAACCACUUCGUCCGUAAAAAAAAAAAAAUUGAAGUAAGACAAAGUAAUCAAUAAAGGAAAAACGAAGAGGAUCAGCCAUGUCUAUUCCUCUCUUCUCAUUCGAUCUGUGAAUAAAAUCAUUUAGUGGCUGUCCUGUAGCCAGGAACAAUUGUAACUACAGGGAAGAACCCGCUAUCCUGACAUUGGGCUGUUAAAGGUUUUCUCUAAUGGUUGUAAUUAUUCCAUUUCAGUUCAAUAUGGAGAUAUUUUGUUGGAAGGUAUUGUAACAGCUUCCCCUACAUCCAGCAAAUCUCCUUACUCUGUCUCGCUUGUAUUUUGCAGGAAGAUACAUAGAGAACCAUGGUGUUAUCCAUAAUAUGUACUUUAACACCACCAGCGGAGAGAAGAAGACCUAUCUCCCUACGCAGGGCAUCUCCAUGUGGUGGGACAACGGGAGUCUUCCAAUCUGGAUCACCGCCCAAAGACAGGUAUGGCAAACCUUUCCGAUAAAUGAUGUCAAGAGGGUGCAGGGGUGAAGGACUUCACACAAAGAUAUAUCUAUUAUUACCCUGUAAGUAAGUUAUCCAGUCCCCGCCGAAAAAUUGGUCAGCCAUCUAAACAUCAGGAGAAGACACAAAAACCUUUCCUAAAUUUAAAUUGCUAUGCUAAAAAAUAAAAAAAAUAAAAGGAGAAAUAUACAAGUAAACAUGCUUAGUUUUAUCCUUUGUCUCAUAAAGUGAACUAUUUGUCCCACUUAAUAUUUUUGCUUAAAGCCCUUUAGCAUCAAUACAUGCCCCUAGACGCACGGGCCACAUGUCACAUGGCUAAGAGGGACCGUUGUUUUCAGUGUGCAGGAAUUCGACCACAUCUUAAAGUUCACUCACAUGCAUAGUGGCCAGAGUUUGGAAUCAUUUGUAGUUAGAAAAUCAUUUAAAAACAUUUUCUUGUAGCUUUAAGAUAAGAGGAAAAAUAAAAUGCGCAGAAUGACAGUAUGUCCAUCCAAAAUUAGGGAAAAUGCCCAGACUGUAAUGCAGACAUGAUGUCUGGCGAUUGAAGUGAUCCUCAGUUGAACGUGAGUCCGUUCAAUAAAUAGGCCUUGGUAAGAAUCACCAUGAUUUGUUUUGACAAAGUAAGCAUUCUCAUUAUUAUUAAUUUAUCAAUUUCAAGCAAAUUCCAGCAUGUAUAUUGAUACUUCACUUCCAGGGCAUCUGAUCCAUCUCUGAUGGAACUCGUGUGAUACUUUGUUAAAUGUUAUAAAAACCGUAGGGGUUAAUUUAUGAAGUUACAGUCUUCUUUAUUAUUAUUUCUCAACUCUAUGCCGGUAAUACCAUAGAGCUAACUAAGACAUAUUAGGAAUGUACUUACCCCGAGUAGGAAUAAGUCAUAGUCUCCGGAUUAGAGCUGUACUCACAGGUGGAAAUUGAGCUGAACAUUUAUACAAUUUCAGAUAAUUGUGCUACUGAUCACCUUUGUAUGUAACCUGUUAAAUUUUGCCUUUCUCUAAACAGGGAUUUAAAGUAGGAUCUCUUUUUUUCCCUGGUGGAAAUGCCACGUACGGUGGAGAGGAAGUGGAAGUGAAAAAAGUAGAAAAUCAAGGUCAUAAUUAUGGCAAUGAGACAGAGUGGAAGGAAAAUGUAGAGACGGUGAUGGGUUGGUUCACUGAGCAGGACCUUGAUUUUGUGGCUCUGUAUUUUGGAGAACCAGAUGGUGUCGGACACAAGUAUGGACCAGAGACUCAAGAACGCAAGGACAUGGUCAGUCAAGUGGACCGUAUGGUUGGAUAUAUACGGAGCAGAGUGGUACAUUAUGGCCUGGAGUCAAGACUCAACAUAAUCAUCACAGCCGAUCAUGGAAUGGCCACCGUGGUAAAAGGCACUGAAGAGAUUCUUCUCAGAGAUGUGGCAAACUUCAAGUUCACCGACCUUCAAUUCCAAUUGUUGGAUUAUGGCCCAACAGGACUUCUGGUUCCCAAGGAAGGGAAACUAGAGGAAGUGUACCAAGCUCUGAAGAAUAGCCAUCCAAAGCUGCAUGUCUAUAAGAAGGAAGACGUUCCAUCCAGGUUGCACUACUCAAAACAUGAAAGGAUCACCCCCUUAUUUCUGUAUGGGGACCCUGGAUUUGUCAUCCAUGGGGUAUGUACCAUUUCACCUCAGAAUAAGCUUUUAUUCUGUCUCACUUUGAGACAAGAUAAAACCAAUCUUUGUGUUCCUAACGGAAUGUCUAGUUUUACAAAUGUUAUACUAAGCAGAAUAGUUUGAACAACACUUGUUGUUACAGUAUUAUAGAUAAUGUAAUACAAUGGGCUUAGUAUUGAAACAGAGAAUUCUAGAAAAUGGAAAACAGAAUUGUAAAAUUCAGGAUAAAAUAGCUGGCCGAUGAUUAUAAUUGAGCUGGGGAAUUUUUCCAGAUUAGCUAUGUUAGCCUAAAUUUUGCAAUUUAAUUUUAGUUCACUAAAAUUAGCUGUUUAGUAAAUAAACCCCUUUGUUUCUGUAGUAGAUUUAUAUAUAUAUAAUAGUUUCUGUGUUUCCUGAGUCUUAUGAAAAUAUUUCUGCACCUAAGCUCACUUCGGACUAUUGAUCAUUAUGAAAAAAUGAAAAAAUAUUUGAAAACACUUUGCCAUAAAUUAUAUAGACCUUUACUGAGAGUUAUUCAGAUCUAAGUUUCGCUGAAAUGUGGAUCAUUGGGCAAAUUAAGUUGUCCAUGAGUAGAACUUCUCAGCAAAUCCUCCAUCUCCAUGCAGCCCCCACUCAAUCGAGUCUCCAUUCAUUUAAACAAACACUACAGAGCCUUCUUACCUGGGAUCCACUGGGCACCACCCCUUCCCUUUUGGUUGUAAGAGCUGGAAGCUCCAAGCAGAAGCUGUAGUGGUUAUGGUUCUUGGUGUCUACAUUUAAAUGGGAAUUUAAACAGACGCAGAUUUGCUCACUAGUCUCUGAAAAUACCAGUAUUCAAUGCUGCCGGAGACCUGAGACACAAAUUGUCCCAGACAUGCACCCUGAUGUGUACAUUUCUAGAAAUUCAGUCUCGGGACUAUACUGUGACUGUCUCUAAAGAACUUGAUUAAAGUAGGACUGAAUAAUAUAUAUAUAUAUAUCUAUAUUGUUAAAAUUAAAAUAAAUAACAAAAUAGGUUUGCUGCCCCGUCCCAGAUCUGAAUCUUUACGCAUGCAUGUCUUGUUACUUUGCAGACAUUUCCCACCAACGGAUAGUUGAUAAAGAUGGGUGGUGCCAUCUUCACAUGCCCAGCUAAUCAGUGGAGGCUCAUGGUGAGGCAGCCCGUGGCAACAUUUGUGGCAUGUAUGUCAAACAGUAAAUGUGAUUUUAUUUGCAUUGUGGGAUCUCAUUUCCCUGUGCAUAUAUCACUGUGGCCUCUAAAAAUGUCAAUUAGCUCUAAAAUUCAUUGUGCACAUAAAUAACACACAAAUAGAGAGUAAUAGCACUCCAAAACAGGUUAGAAAUUCAUUUUCUACAACAAUAUUAUUUGGGGGUUUCUUCACAAAGGCCUCGAUUUUAUAUUUUGGGAUAAACUUUUCAAAUGACUUCCUAUUUUUGGAAAUGUUUUUUAAAAGAUUAAAUCUGUGUAAAGGUUUAUCCAAAAACAUGAAAUCAUUUGAAAAACGUAUCCAAAAAUAUAAAAUCGAGGCCUGAUUUCUGAGUAAAGCCCUGUAUUACUAAUCAUUCGGUUAUUCACUGUAGUGUUCAUUUUUGUAAUUUUAAAAUUAUGGACCAAAAUAGCCUAGUUAGAAAAACCUCCAAGAUGGCUAUGCUUCCAAUUCUGCUAUUUGGGUGAUAAUUCUACACCCAGUGGAUGGAAUUUGAUAACGAGGUAUCUUCGAUUGUCUUUCAGAUGGCCAAAUUUCAGUUUAAUAAAGGAGAACAUGGCUUUGAUAAUGAAGCGAUGGACAUGAAAACCAUCUUUCGUGCCGUGGGACCGUCCUUUAAGAAGGGGCUGCUGGUGAAGUCCUUUGAGAGUGUCCACAUUUACGCCCUGAUGUGUGAGCUGCUGGGAAUCGUACCUGAGCCUCACGAUGGAUCACUAAGUGUGACCCAGGAUAUGCUACUGUCAACCAAUAUUGAUGAUGAUGAUGAUGCAGGUAUGAUGUCAUAGGUAAUCGAGACCCAUAGUUGUCCCAGAGAUGACUGAUUAUCGCGCUCCUAGGUCAGAAUUACGUUUUCUGGGAUGUGAGGAGGCAUUUUGCUCCACUCGCUCUCCAUCUGACAUGUCGAUUCCAGUGGGCAUGAUUCAGUGUCCCUUGUAAAAAUAAUGUCAAUUCAUUUGAUGUGUACUUAUUGUUUCAUUGUCAAAAUAUGGUUAACUAACGUGAUAUGUGUAGUGGAUGCAUUGAAUGGUUAGCCAAUAGAGGUAGUGCCAUUAAUUACUGCAUGGUAAACACCAAAAUAACUUUAGUUUACUUAAGUGGUUUUGGUGUAUAGAUCAUACUCCUGCAGUCUCAAUGCUCAAAUAACUGCCAUUUAUGAUUUAUAUCACUGUGUUUAUGUAGCCGUAGACACACCUCCUGGCAUGUGACCUACACAGCCUUCCUAAACACGUCCUGUAAAGAGAGAUCUAAUUAUUAAAUCUAAUUUAUUUUUAUUGCACAAAACAGGUACAAGUGAAAUCUAAUCCCUCGGUGGAGGACUGUAAGAAGGGGGGUAGCUUUCCUUACGUAAUCUUGAUAAAACCACGUGUGUCAAAUAUAUAAAUGAUAAAAGAAUAGAAUAUAGUGUAGAUGGUAAUAAAACUUGAAUUGUUGCAGCCAAUCUUGCAGCGCUCCACUAAGGAUAUAGGUUUCACUUAUACCAAGUGUUGUUUUGUGUUUAUUAAUGUGUGUGGAGAGGAGGGUAUUCCACACAAGUGUAUAUUGUUCACCUUAAGCACUUUUGUAGUAACACACUUCCUCCUAAAGGAGGUUUAUUUGUUUGUUUUAGUUUAUUGCACAGUCUGUUUAAUAAUUAAGAUUUCAUAUCCUCCUCAUUUAAUAAUAUGCUAAAGCCUGCAUCCUGUGUGUGAUUACAGUUCAAUUAACAGAGCCGGAGAAUAUAACUUCUAAAAUAAACACACUGUUCUGUAUAACUCUGCAUCAUAAGAGCUAUAAUCCGCACUGAGCCAGAGAAGCUCUCAAUGAGACAGCCACUAGAGGCUGGAUUAACCCUAUUAUAAACAGAGCAGUUUCUCUGAAACUGCUAUGUUUAUAGAAAAAAGGGUUAACCCUAGCUGGACCUGGCACCCAGACCACUUCAUUGAGCUGAAGUGGUCUGGGUGCCUGUAGUGGUCCUUUAAUGAAGUUGUUCAGGUGAGAACUAUAGCUCCCUGCAGCCUUUCUCAUGUAAACACUGUAUUUUCUAAGAAAAUACAGUAUUUACAUUGAAAGCUAGGAACACCUCCAGUUGCAGUCACUCAGAGUGAACCAGAGGGACUUCUGAGUAGAUGGAGGCAUAAUAUGCCUCCAUCCACUCAGAUCUGCUGUGCACGAACAUCCUGUGAUUCAGUAUCUCCUCGGACUGCAUGAAGACACUGAACUUUCCUCAUAGAGAUACAUUGAUUAAUCUCUAUGAGGAGAUGCUGAUUGGCCAGGGCUGUGUUUGAAUCAUGCUGGCUCUGUCCCCAGUGGUGUAUCCUGGUUUUGUGCUGCCCUAGGCAGGACAAAACUCAUGCGCCCCCACCCAACCCUUCCCACCGCCCCGCCUUCUAAAUACACACACACUCACUAACAGACACACACACACUCACUCUAACAGACACACACACACUCUGACACACACACACACUAACAGACACACACACAGUCAGACACACACAUACACAGUCAGACACACACACACUAACAGACACAAACUGUCAGACACACACACACUAACAGACACACACACACUAACAGACACACAGUCAGACACACACACUGUCAGACACACACACACUAACAAGGCACUAGCACACACACACACACACACAGUCAGACACACACACACAUACACACUAACAGACACAAACUGUCAGACACACACACACACACUAACAGACACAAACUGUCAGACACACACUAGCAGACACACUCACACAGUCAGACACACACACACUAACAAACACACACAUUAACACACACACACACACUCACAGUAACACAUUUUUUUUUUUUUUUAAUUUACCCCCCCCUUACCUUUGGGAAUGCUGGGGGGGGGGUUCUCUAUCUCCCUGGUGGUCCAGUGGCUGCGGGCGGCGCUGGGCUGUGUGGGCGGCUGCUGAGGGAGCUCUUCCUCUGAGCUAUCCGCUCAGCUCCCUCGCGCGCCGCAGAGUGAGGCUGGGAGCCGGAAUAUGACGUCAUCAACCCGGCUCCCGGCCUCACUCUGCGGCGCGCGAGGGAGCUGAGCAGACAGCUCAGAGGAAGAGCUCCCUCGCCAGCCGCCCGCCGCCCAUCAGCCAGUGUCGCCCGCUCGGCAUGUCUGUUAGUCGCAAGGCUAACAAGGCAUUUGCCCUGGGCAUUUGGGGGCAGCGUUUUUUGCCGCCCCCUGAAAAAUGCCGCCCAAGGCAAAUGCCUUGUUUGCCUCGCGGCUAAAACGCCCCUGUCUGUCCCUGAUCUGCCUCUUUGUCAGUCUCAGCCAAUCCUAUGGGGAAGCACUGUGAUUGGAUCAGGCUACCACAUGUCAGCAGACUGCUUGUUUUUCCUGAGUCUAACAUGCAGAUUUACAGCUUCUGGCUUGAAUACAGUAAGAUCUUUACUGUAUUUAUAGAGGCAUGAGGGGCCCUGGGGGGCUAGAUUGUCAUGUUAACACUAUAGGGUCAGGAAUACAUGUAGUUGCAUUGGUGACUAUAGUGUCCCUUUAAAAACAAAAUAUUACAAAAUUCAAUUUUUUUUCAGAAUAUUCAAUAAUUUUAAAAGUUUAUCCAAUAAUAUUAAAUGACUUGAAAAGCUUUAUCUAACAAUAUUAAAUUGAGGUCUAAGUAAGGGACAGUCUCCACCACGGCAGCUGUAAUAAACAUUGAUCCAAAGAAACUCUGCACAAUAGCAGAUGUGGCCAAAACUAACCAAGGGAAGCUUUCAACCAAGGGAUCUGUGGUCCACAAUGAGCCAUGGAUGCUCUGCACUACAAGUGUUUAAAUGUCAGGAGGCAAAUCCAUGAGUGCCUAAGUUGCUGAGUACAAAGACAGAAGAUGGUCCGGGCACUCAAGUUUCAAAGAAUAGGCAGAUUUAUUGGGAGAGUGCACAGCAACAUUUUGACCCCAAAGUGUCUUAACCAAGCUCGAGGAAGUGCCUGGACCAUCUUCUGUCUUUGAAGUCUCGUUUAAGGUUUGGCCUACUUUGGGUCCAGCUGGAUCCUGGUUAUUAAGGGAGUGUGGUGUCCCUCUGUUUCAUUUACUAAAGUUACUGCGUACCGUAGACAAAAUGCCAUUUGGCCUAAUAAAUCCAGAAUGUUACAAGAUUGCACAACAAGGAUAGCCAACAAACCGUUCUUCAACUGUUGAAGAACUAAAAGUCCCAUAAUGCUUUGCAAGCCUGUAGACCCAGACUAUAGUAUAGUAUUGAAAGUAAGGAUCUCGAGUUUGGUUAUAUUACUUCCAGCAAAUUAUCAAAUUAAUUAUCCAGAAAAUCACAAAAGCUGACACCUAGAUUUUCACUGUUUAGGCUCCUCUGAAGGCAGUCUUUCCGAUUCACUCUUCAAUGCAACUAUCGGCCUGGCAGCGGUGCUAGGCUUUCUCCUACUGGUCUUCAUCAUUGUCACCAUCAGUACAUCGGUCAAGAGGCACAAACGCAGGAAAAGGUGAGGGUUUUGUGUUUUGAAAAUGAAUUGAAAUUAAUUGAAUACCCAUAAAUUACAUCAAUUUGUAUUCACCAAAAAAACUCGAAUUGAAUUUAAAAAUUCAAGCCAAAGUAGUUGAACUUAGAGAAUUAGUUAAAUUAUUUUGGUCUAACAUUUUCAGUUUGCUUUAAAUUGCCAGCAAUUCCCGCGUUGAUGAAUAUUACUGAUCGCAUUCCUAGUUAUAAUAUACCUUUCAGCAUUUUAUUUAUUUAUUUUAUUAAUAUUUUUUGCAGAGCUGCAAAGUCUACAGAAUUGGAUAUGAAAGGAGAUAAGUUUUGAAAUCCUCAACAAAAUUCAGUUUUUUUGUGUUAUGAUGGAAACUACUACCUACUGUUGACUUUUGGCCAAUGCUACAUUCUAAAGGCUUUGAUACGACUUUUCUUAUGAAAACAGAAAGGCAUGAACUGCAGGGACUGAACUAUAGAAGGAACUGAUGGGGCCAACCAUUCGCUGUGAUGGUCCAUAUCACAGGAUCGUGUGUCCAAUUAAAGGGAACUGGCAGAGUAUUCUAAAACUAAAUUAUGGUUUAAUUACUUUGUGGAAAAUCUCUAAGAAGUAACAUGACGG